CGCCGUUAGUGAUGGUGGCAGCGGCGGCACGGCUGUCGUCAGUGCCACACGGCGAGACGCGGGGAAGCCCAACUCGGCAGGGAUGCUGCUGACCGUCCGCCACCAUGGACACACAGCCGGCCAAACAGAGGGAGGAGGAGAACGGCCAGUGGCUGAUCGCCUUCUCGUGCGCCUGGAUGAACUUCUUCCACCGCGGGCUGAUCCGAGGCACGGCCGUCGUCUACGUCCAGCUCAUCCAGACAUUCGGCAUCACGCGGGAAGAGGCCGCUCUGCCUCUCAGCCUCGUCUCCGUCAUCGGGGGAUGCUCGAGUCUCUCUGUGGGGUUCCUGACGCACUACCUGAAUGACCGCAUACUGGUGGUCAUCGCGACACUCACCUCGGCCACGGGUUUGGUGCUCUGCUACACGGCCACCAGCAUGGUGCAAAUUAACUUCUACUACAGCAUCAGCCAAGGUCUUGGGACUGGCCUUGUCUUCACAUUGACGGCCGUGAUCCUGAACAACGUGUUCAAGAAGAACCGGGCCACGGCGUCCGGCAUCAACCUGUCCGGCCCCACGCUGGUGGCGCUGGUGUUUCCACUCCUGUUCCAGUACUGCGCGCGCACGUACGGUUUGCGCGGAGCAUUCCUCAUAUCGAGUGGGUUCACGUUGAACGCACUGCCGGCCGCGUUCUUGCUGAGCGGCAGGAUCCGCAAGCCGCCGCCAGAGGAGCCCGAGAUUGUCAACAACCCGCGCUACGACUGCGAGGUCAACAUAACCGGCAGCACUUUCACCUUGGCCGACAUCCCAGGAAGCACGUCGGACAUCGCGAGCAAGGCGAGGAACGCUGCCCGACAGGGAGGCAGCGCCGUCGAGAAGGAGAAGCUUCUCGACCACGCCAAAGACAGCGGCAACAACAACGAGCGACUCGCGCCGGGCACGCGCAGAGGUUCGGACGAGCUCACAUGCAACUUGAGUGGUGGGGCCGCAUGCAUUAUCCCCGCCGACAAGAACCUGAAGGAACCGCUUGCCGGCAGUACGCAAAGACUCCAUGAUGUCGACAAGGGCCGGUGCACCCAGGAACGCACGUGCGCCGAUCAUUCAUGCAGCAUUUCCCUCGCUAAGCGAACGCUGCCCAAGGUCUCCAAGUUCGCCAAUGCCGCGUCCAUGUUCAAGGAGCUGCUCGGCUCACCCUACUUCCUGCUUGUCUGCCUCUCGCAAGUGUCGCAUGUCUUCAAUCAUGGCACAUUCAUCACCAUCAUCAUCGACUAUGCCAAGGACAAUGGCAUACCACCCGAAGAAGGCAUUUACAUACUUUUGGCCAAUUCGGCAGGUGACCUGGUGGGCCGGCUGGGGCUGGGCUGGAUCUCGGACAAGAAGCUGAUCGAGCGUCGCAAGGUGAUGCUGCUCAACUACCUGCUCACGGGAAUCCUGAUGCACCUGGCCCCGCUGUGCACCACGUACGCCUCGGUGACGGCCGUCGCGGUCGCCAUGGCCCUGGCCGGCGGCAGUACCAUCACGCUGUUCUCCGUGCUGUUCUUCGAGUACCUCGGCAUACGCCUCAUGCCGCUCGCGUACGGACUCAGCAACUUCGCAGCCGGAAACGCAAACUUUUUCAGGCCGAGGGUCAUCGGUUAUUACCGAGACUCGCACGGAAAGUACGACGGCUUGUUCCAGCUGCUGGGAAGCUUCCAACUGUUCGUAUCUUUCCUCUGGCUGCUGGCAUGUGUCUUCGAGAAGUUGAAGCACUCGAGAGACGCUCCAAAGAAACAGCCGGACGACGCCGUCUGAAUUGUGCGGCUGUAAGACAUUGGGGCCAAUCGGAGUCGACACGGCGCCUGCAAAUCAAAUCUGAUUGGACGCUCCAGAAAAGGUCUCAACAGGCUUCGUCGAAUGAAAACAAUCCAGUCUGGAGACUACCGCCUUGUCUCACGCAAUGCACGAAGCCGUCUGUGGGUUGUGAUUUUUAUUAGCUGAGCACAGAGACGACCCAGUCGUGCGCGACAUUCUUUGUUUUUUGCUAGAUAAGUCAUUGCCGCCACUUUACCUGGGUUAUAUACGCUGGUGCUCAUCGGUACCACUCAUUUCCUUCCAAUUAGGAAUGAGGCCCUGAUACAACGUUCUGCAGGAUCUGUGGGCGUAAAUGUACUCACUGUACAACAAGAAAGGCAGUGCAUAUGCGUGUCUAUGGCUUGCGUACGUUGAAGAGGCUCACGAUUGGCCUGUCCUGGAACAGAGUGCUUAAGUCAAAGCGUCACAGCUCAAAAUGAGGGCGAUAGUUUGCAGCAUCCGAUGCAGAAAGCCAAAUAAAUAUUUCUCUAGGCUGCUCUUGUAAACAGCGCGAGUGCUAAUAGAGUUGUUUGCUUAAUUCUUUUUUAAUGCGAUGAAAUUAAUUUCCCGCAAUCCUGCGCUUAAUAAGCUCGUGAUGCACUUUCCAGAGAAUGCAUUCCGAUAGCAGAGCAGUUAAAGGCACAGACCAGAACAUAAACUGAAAAAAUUUUUAAAUAAUAAUAAAUAAAACGUAACACGUGCAAGACGUUUGUUCAGUCAACGUCCUUUCUGUCUUGGUCUGCUUCUUUGGCCGUUGCUCUAGAACAGCGCAUUCUCUGAACCAGACCAAAAUGGCCCCAGGUCAACGACUAAUUGAUUCGCAGGUGUGCGUUUUCAUAGUAACGUCAUUCACCUGAAACAGCGUUUGAAUGAUCCACGGGGCGCGGCAUAUGUUCGGAGCUCCUCUAAAGAAAAUGAGGUUAAACCUUCGGUAUGUUUUCCGUGUAGAAGGGCUUGCUUAAUUCAAGGAACUGUCUUCCGAGCUACAUCGUUCUAGCGAAGCGCACGUUAUGUAAUUAUUUUUUCACGCUUGUGUGAGUGCUUCUAAGUCUCUAGUAUUCUCUUCUUAAUUGCAUGCAAAUGUUCCCGCAGUCGUUCUUUUAUGAGUGUCGUUGAAUAAAGCGUUGAGCUUA